UUUUUCUGUGAUUUGUGUUACAGAUACGCGGCUUUAAAACGCAAGAAGGAACUAAUACUUGUUUAUGUCCUAAAUACCACUCGUGCUCUAGCUUCGUGCACUCCCUAGGGGGCGCCAUCACUGAGAUCUGUGUUGUAUGUAGUGCACUCGCUGGAGAAACAGAAGCGGUUUGGGAUUCGGCCCGAGAGAGUAAACACAGAGAGGUUCUUCUUCUGAUCCUGAACUAUGUGUGAAGUUCCUGUUUCAGACCCAGAUCCAGCAGAGAAGACUGAUCGAUGACUCCAUCCUGCUGUGAGGUUCAGGACCACAUGGUGUUCUUCAGUACUGUAGAAGAACCAGGCUCCUCCUCCUACUUCUCCUCUGAUGAUGAUGAUGCUGGCGCUCAAAACCCUGAGGUUUUUGCUCGUAUUGUUGGUCCUGAGUGUUUCAAACGCCAGAGACGCCACUUCCAAACCCAACUUCAUACUCAUGAUGGUUGACGACCUGGGGAUCGGGGACGUCGGUUGCUAUGGGAACGAUACGAUCAGAACCCCGAACGUGGACAGGUUGGCGAGGGAGGGCGUGAUGCUGACUCAGCACGUCUCUGCCGCACCUCUGUGUACCCCGAGCCGAGCGGCCUUCAUGACCGGACGCUACCCUCUGCGGUCAGGUUUUGGAAGUACUGGAAGAGUGCAGGUGAUCCUGUUCCUCGGCGCUUCAGGAGGACUUCCUCCAAACGAAACCACGUUUGCCAAAGUCCUACAAAAGCAGGGCUACACUACAGGGAUUGUGGGAAAGUGGCACUUGGGUGUGAGCUGUAAGAGCAGGAAUGAUCACUGCCAUCACCCCAACAGCCACGGGUUCGACUACUUCUAUGGUCUUCCCUUCACACUGUUCGAAGACUGCAAACCUGGAAACGGCUCCUUCGUGCUAAACGACCUUCAGGAGCUGCUGUGGAACAUUUCUAUGCUAAUAGCACUGGCGCUGCUGACGCUAAUCACGGCUAAAAUCACAGGACUUCUGGAAUUCAGCUCCAGGACGCUCGUCUUCUUAGUCGUUGUUUACGCUCUUGGUUUUUUGACUUGGUACAUUCCGUUCGCGUUUCUACGAACCUGGAAUUGCAUCAUCAUGAGGAACCAGGAUGUAGUGGAACAACCGGUGAACCUGGACACGCUGAGUGAGAAGAUGAUGACAGAGGCGGAGCAGUUUGUGGAGAGGAACCAGAACAGACCCUUUCUGCUGUUUCUGUCUCUACCUCACGUCCACACGCCGCUCUUCAUCUCUGAACAGUUUGCAGGAAAAAGCAAACACGGCCUUUAUGGCGACAUCGUGGAGGAAGUGGACUGGAUGAUCGGUAGAAUGGUGAGUGUUGUCGAGAAGCUGAAUCUUUCUGAAAAGACUCUGAUGUACUUCACGUCUGAUCACGGAGGAGACAUCUGGGUUUCGGACUCACAAGGCCAUAUUGGAGGCUGGAAUGGAAUUUAUCGAGGUGGGAAAAACAUGGCUGCCUGGGAAGGAGCGAUCCGAGUUCCAGGAAUAUUCCGCUGGACAAAUCGUCUCCCUGCAGGAAAAACUGUUAACGAGCCGACAAGUUUAAUGGACAUUUUCCCGACCGUGGUGAAACUGGCAGGAGCGCAGCUGCCGAACGACAGAAUUCUGGAUGGUCAUGACCUGCUGCCGCUGUUGGAGGGAAAAACGACGCGUUCCAAGCAUGAGUUCAUGUUGCACUACUGUGGAGUUCAUUUGAGUGCUGUUCGCUGGCAUCCUCCUGACAGCAACUCCGUUUUUAAAGUUCACUUCUUCACUGCUAAUUGUGACGGAACCGGACCCUGCCUGUGCCACGGCGACACCAUCACACACCACGACCCGCCACUCAUCUUCGAUUUGACCUCUGACCCUUCGGAGUCGGUGCCCUUGACCGCGGAGACGGAGGAGCGUCAUGGUGAGAUCCUGCAGCGUGUACGUGAGGCGGUGCAGGAACACGGCCGCACCCUGACACUCCCCGAGAACCAGCUGUCAUGGAGGAACACACUGUGGAGGCCGUGGUUACAGCCGUGCUGCGGCCUUUUCCCCUUCUGCAGCUGCGCAGAGACUUUUUAGUGUCAACCUAAUCAUAAAUGCUGUAGAAUAAAAAGGUCAUGCUGUCCUUCAAAA